AUGUGCUCGUUCACUCAUCCACCUGAAGUUCCUAUUCCCAACUAUUUCAUGCGUGUACGAGUGGGUUACUCGCACUUCGUCCGAGCACGUGUGGCCCCAAGGACUACAUCAGUGCUGGAAACGCGUACGAACAUGCUGGAACCACAUUCGGUGUUCUUCGACGCUUUGGAAUGGCAAUCCGGCACUCGGUUAAUCGGAUGUUGUAGUGAUCGCACUGGGGCACAACAGUGUCCUUUCGCAACUCCAGCUGAAGCAGGAGUACUGCUAUGGCAGAGUGCCAGUUUUGACUGUCCUGCAUAUACUGUGAAGAUCAGCUUCAUCUGCGAGAAUUUUGGAGUUGAAGAUGGUGAAUGUGGCCUUGACAGUGUCCGAUUACACCGGUUGUCAGACACUUUUCUCCUCGAACCUUGUCAAAAGAACAUCCUCUCAUCUAUAUAA